UUCCUCACCCACCCCCUUUCUCUCCGUCUCCCUCGUCCCUACACCUUCAGUCUGCUUCUGUUGUCUCGGCGGAUUGUUGGGCUGUGGGAGAGAAAGGAUAUCGCGAGUAUUGGAGUUUUGGUGAGAGUUUGUGGAAGAUGGCGCCUGUUGUGACAGGGAAGUUCGGGGAGCGCCCUCAGCCACAGCGCCUAACAAGAGAAGCGAUGAGGAAUUACCUGAAGGAGCGAGGUGACCAAACUGUCAUGAUCCUGCACGCAAAAGUUGCACAGAAAUCCUACGGCAAUGAGAAAAGAUUUUUCUGCCCUCCCCCCUGUGUUUACCUGAUGGGCAGCGGCUGGAAGAAAAAGAAGGAGCAGAUGGAGCGAGACGGCUGCUCUGAGCAGGAGUCGCAGCCCUGCGCCUUCAUCGGCAUCGGAAACAGUGACCAAGAAAUGCAGCAGCUUAACUUAGAGGGAAAGAAUUAUUGCACAGCCAAAACCUUGUACAUAUCCGACUCUGACAAGAGAAAGCACUUCAUGCUGUCCGUCAAGAUGUUCUACGGCAACAGCGCUGACAUCGGCGUCUUCCUCAGCAAGAGGAUCAAAGUCAUCUCCAAGCCUUCCAAAAAGAAGCAGUCCCUCAAAAACGCAGACUUGUGCAUCGCGUCAGGGACCAAGGUGGCGCUCUUCAACCGGCUUCGGUCCCAAACGGUCAGCACUCGUUACCUCCACGUGGAGGGUGGCAACUUUCAUGCCAGCUCCCAGCAGUGGGGCGCCUUCUACAUCCAUCUGUUGGAUGAUGAGGAGUCAGAGGGAGAAGAGUUCACUGUGAGAGAUGGUUACAUCCACUACGGUCAGACGGUCAAGCUGGUGUGCUCGGUCACCGGCAUGGCGCUGCCCAGACUGAUCAUCCGUAAAGUGGACAAACAAACGGCGCUGCUGGACGCCGACGACCCUGUCUCCCAGCUCCACAAGUGUGCCUUCUACCUGAAGGACACAGAACGCAUGUACCUGUGCCUUUCCCAAGAAAGGAUCAUCCAGUUUCAAGCCACUCCAUGCCCAAAGGAACCAAACAAGGAGAUGAUCAACGAUGGCGCCUCCUGGACAAUCAUCAGCACAGACAAGGCGGAAUACACUUUCUACGAGGGCAUGGGCCCCGUCCACUCGCCUGUCACCCCUGUGCCUGUGGUAGAGAGCUUACAGCUGAACGGCGGUGGAGACGUCGCCAUGCUGGAGCUUACAGGACAGAACUUCACUCCAAAUCUGCGGGUCUGGUUCGGAGACGUAGAGGCAGAGACUAUGUACAGGUGUGCAGAGAGCAUGCUGUGCGUGGUGCCCGACAUCUCUGCCUUCCGCGAGGGCUGGCGCUGGGUGCGGCAGCCCGUCCAGGUGCCCGUCACGCUGGUUAGGAACGACGGCAUCAUCUAUUCCACCACACUGACCUUCACCUACACACCAGAGCCGGGGCCACGGCCGCACUGCAGCGCCGCGGGCGCCAUCCUGCGGGCCGGGAACUCCAGCCUGCUUAGCAACAGCAGCCAGGAGGCCGGCCCUGGCGUCUAUGGCCCCAACAGCACCUCCAACGCAGGAGUCACGUCCUCGUCCUCCACCGCCGCAGCUGCUGUGGUCUCCUAACGCACACCGGGGGAGGGGCCACAACACAAUAUGCCUUGAAAGUAAAAGUACCACAAGGCGUAUGAAGACUAUGGGAAAUAAACAAAAACUGACUCACUCUAAAGUGCUGCGUUUGGAUUUUGGAUACAAAGAAGCUGAAAUUGGCAUGGAGAACGGCGCGAAAACAGGGGAGUAUCUGAAAGAGGAGCAACAUCACAGCAUCGUCAGCCAAUGGGAAUAAGCGAAAAAGUGCUCCUUGCCAUGCCCCCCUCUCUUGUGGUUACUUUAGAGACCUGCGUAUCCAGUUCUGGUGUUUGGAAUAAGAGAAGUUCCUGCAGGCUCAGAGCACCAGCACCUUUCUACGGAAAACCACGGCAACAAUACAUCCAACGUGUACAAAAAAAUUUUCUCGAAAGGAAAGUCUAUUUUUUGCACCGCCCAAAGCCCCUCCCACUUUUUGUUUAUAAAUAUUCCUUUUGUUUCCUGUUAUUUUGCCUUCAUUUGUGGUUCCCUACAGGGUGGCUGGAUGUAUUGUUGUUGGAGGGAGUGCGAGGAUACAGAGGGACACUGAAACGUGACGAUAACAUAGUUUUUAUGGACCAAGAAUCUUGUAUAAGCUUUAGUAAAGGUACAUUUUUCUCCAUACCUUUUUUGUAUUAAACAUAUAGUACACUUUUGUUACCAAAUAGUUUCUAUUCUUCCUCUGAGCUUGGGCUUUGUUCCCCCCUUUUUUGAGGUCCAAACCCCGGCCUGUAUGUUAUUACGACCUUACAAAACGCCUGCUUUUUCAGUCUUUGGAUUGAACCUUGUUUUUGUUUUGUUCUGAUACUUUUUGCUUCUUCUGUUGGGAAAAAAAAAUCUGAAGUCUGGGUUGUUUAUUUACAUAAGCAAAGUUGUUUGUGUUUUUUAUUUUGAAUGGGGAAUAACCUCAGAGGGCCUAUGUUUUGUCAUUGGUUUUUUUAUGAAGUCUUUAAAAAGAAAAGCUUUAAGCAACGCCUCUGCCUUGCCUGCAAUACUCAACAUGUGCGCUACGUCUCCUUACACACAUCAGUACAUCUCACAUGGAGCCAUAGCUACGUUUGCAGAAUACGACAGAAAUAGACUUCCACGGUUACAAAAACAUUUAAAUGUACUUCAGAUAUAGCCUUAGUACUGUAUUCUUCCUGUGCACACAGUCGGACCGGUCACAUAUCUACAGUGAUAUCCGUCGCUCUAUUGGUCACUGUUCACGUAUCAGAUUACAUAGCAAGGUGUCUUCCAGUGUGUGCUAAACUUCUGCUGGCAUUUAACUCCAAAAAGACUCUUAAAUUUGAUGUGGCCUUACUGAUGACUUCAAUUUCAACACAAAAACCCAUAUUUCACGUUUAUAUCUGCUGUUUACUCACCGCAGAAGAACCUGUGCUUAGCACAAAAGCAAGCAACGCCUCGCUUCUUAUCACAGGAGCUCUGCCGUGUCCGAGCUCACCGCUGCAGCUCCACUCGAAGCAGCCUUCUGAAGGACAUCUACGCCUUCUUCUUUUUAACGCCUGUUUUUUAUUCUCAUGCGGUGCCCAGCACCUUUUCACUUUUGGUACAACGUCUCACGAGCGCUGUAGAAGCUCUUUUCAGCCUUCUUUUUUUUAGAAAACAAACAAAAAAAAGAAAACUCCUGUGGUUUUAUUAUCUUUGCAUAAAAAACAAAGCGUGUGUACAUUGUUUAACUCACUGUCCAAGUUAGUUGCACUCAUCCGUAUUCAUGGCGGCCGCUGCGUCUCCUGUAGGAGCAUAAAUGCCUUCUAAAUGUGUAUUAUCGAAGAUGUGCAUUUUUGGAACAUAACAGCAAUAUUGUACAGGUCAUUUCAUCGUCUUUGUCCGCCUGAGCACGAGUUCACCAGCCAGCAAAUCUGUACGUCUGUGCGAGUGUGUGUAAGUGUGGUAGUGAGUGAGUGUCAGAUCUAGUUGCUGUAAUGGAAUAAAGAGUCAGACUCGCUCCAUUUUUUAAAGUGUGCUCUCCAAAAAAACAAAGAAAAGCCUUGAGACUCGUGUAGGCUUUUCUGUCUUCCACCACGAUCCAAAUGCCUGAUAAUUUUUGAUAAACAUUCAAAGGCAAUACCUGUGAAUGGAAAGUAUUACAGUAGGACUGUAACAUAAAGAACAACCAUACUGUAACUUGAAUGUCUGCUUAAUAAUGAAGUAUUUUCUUCUUACAAACAAACCCUUGAAAUAGGAACAAAAAGGAUUCGCUUGCACCCUUUCAAUGUAAAAGAUAAGUUAAGUUAUGCCCCUCGUACACAAGCCUCGCCCACCUGUCAGUCAUUAAUGUUAAAUGUUUUAUAUUGUAAUAUUGAUAUUUUUUAAAUUAUUGGUACAAAGUCUCCCCUUGUCUUAUGUCAAAAGAAAAAAAAAGAAAAGUGCAUUAUUGCCCGUGCUGCCUAGGUUGGCCUGGGAGUGUAUUUUUUUAAAAAAGAGGCCACUUCCUGUCUAUCCUGGAAACCGUGGAGGAUGUCGUCGGUGCUGCAGCGACAUGUGUAGCAUCCCAAAAAAAUGUUGCGCUUCUUCCUGAACCCUUUACUCUGCAGGAUGGAGGUCACAAAACCUAACUGUAGAUUUCUAACUCUUUUUCUGUGUUUACUAGCUCUAAAUUAAGUUUUUAACAUAGCCUCUGCAUUAGCAUCACAAACAACCCCCUCCACCCUUUCUCCCUAGAGCUGGGAUAAUUUUGGGUUUCUGUUUACAAGUCCAAAUGCCUCUUUAGGCCAUCCCCUUCCUUCCUCAUUCCCCCCUCCGCCUCUUCAUCAUCUCUUCCAGAGCAGCUUCGUCACAUUCGCUCAAGCUAACAAGGGGGGUGAUGCAUGCUGUAAAAAAAAAAAAAAAGAAAAAAAAGAAAUGUGUCGCCUUGACAAUCUGAGCUGGUUUACAGUUUAUUCUUCUCUUAAAAUAAUGCUUUUAAGAGAUGGGGAGGAUACAGAAAGCAUCAAAAGUGGUCAAAAAUUGUUACACGACUUCUUAAAAACACGCUACAUUAACCUAGCAACAAGGAAAGCUAUCACAUUAGCGAUGCUAACUCUUCUCGUGUGUCUGGUCAUAUUUUGCUCUUCCAAAAGCAGCUGUUCUUUUGUGUUUUUUUUUUUUUUAUAAUGAGCUCUGAACAAUGUAUGUAUGUAUCCUCUAAUAUGCCAAAUGUCUUUUUUAUAAUGUAGUUUUCAUGCACUGCUAAACAAAAACAGGGCAGAGUGAGAGGCAGCUUUAAACAAAUAAAAAAAGGAGUGUGGAGCCCUUCUCUGUCGCACUCAGCCUUACUUCUCCUUAAGACAAACUGGCUGUUUGCACUACAGAGCGCUAACCUUUCUCUUUUUUUCUCUCACACAUUUCAUCCUCACUCUUUUAUCGCUCAUGUUUAUGUUUGUACAUUUGGAGUUUCCCCCUUCUCCCUCUCUCUUUUUGUUGUUAACACGCAGCCUGUUAUGCUAGCUUUGCUACAGUCGGAUCACUUUUUGUUGUUCCUCCUCCUCUCCUUCCCCUCCACGUCUGUUUACUCUCUUUCACUCUCACUGUAUCUGUGUAUUAUUCUAGUAAAUGGUAAGCAGAGGUGUCAUUGUGGUAGUUAUACUCAGUGCUCAAAGGGUUGCUGAUGGUAGAAACCUGUGCCGUUUGUAACAUUUAGCAAUAAAAAAAACAAAGGGGACUUUUUUAUAACAUAACGUUAGUUUUGUUUUUUGUACAUAUUGCAGCUCCAGAUCAUGCUCAAAAAUCUGUAUGUCAUUAAAAGAAAAAAAUGAGAAAAAAACUUGCAAUAUUGGCAUAAAAAUGAGAAAUAAAAAGUGAUAUAAAAUC